AUGAACUUGGUCGCGAUGAACGAUAAGGAUGAGAUCUAUGAGGAUCCUGAGUCUACUGAGGAUGAUGAGAGUGAGGACUCGGAUGAUAUGGCUGCGAGUGUGGAGGCAGCAGUGAAGCAGGAAGAGGAGAUAGUGAUCACGGAGGCAGCAACAGUAAACGGUGGAGAUGGAGACGAUGUCAACACUUUUGCAGCAGCGAUCGUGGUUGAAGAUGAAGCAGUAAAUGCGAAGUGUGUGGGAGUUGAAGCUGUGAAAGGGAACAUCAUGGUGAAAGGAUCAAAGGCGAAUGCAACUGCAAAGGGGCAAGUGAUUAAGGAGGAUGAACGCGUUGAAGGGUACGAGACCCGAGAGGUGUUGGGUGUAAAGAUGCCGAGGAGAAGCGAGAGGCAUAAGAAAAUCUCUCAAGGUUUGGAUGUCAAGGCGCUCAACUACAAGACACGUAAGCAGAGGUUCAAGGUGCAGGAGCUGCAGGGGAGCGCCGCCCCACGCCUCCUCUCGCUGCCUCACCGCGAAGCCAUUAGCGCCGCAAUCCCCAUUCCGCCGCCUUACCCAUUCCUGCUCCUAUCGCCUCCCGGUUCGAAUUCUCCUUUCCCUCCAUUCUCUCCCUUCCCUCCCUUCCCUACCUUCUAUCCCUUCCCUCCCUUCCCUACCUUCUAUCCCUUCCCUCCCUUUCCUCACUUUCCUCCCUUUCCGUCCCUUCCCUCCUUUCUCUCCCUUCCCUCCCUUCUCUCUCCCCCCUACCUUCUCCUCCAUCCCUCCGGACUGCCCCCAUCAGUGCCAACCCUCUCUGCGCAUCUUUUGUUUCUCCCCCUUUUGUUCUUCACAUCCCGCCUCACCAUCUCGCUACCCCGCCUCCCCAUCUCCCCUUCCUCUCAGUUCCUCUAUUUCUGCCCUUUCGUCCGACCUCUUCAUCCUCACCCCUCCACCCCGCAUCCCCAUCUCUUCCCUCCUCUUCCCUUUCCCUCCCUGCAUCCCCAUCUCCCUGCAUACCUCUCUCCCCUUCUUGCUUCCCCAUAUCCACUGCAUGUUUCCCCAUCUCUCCUCCCUGCAUCCCCAUCUCUCCUCCCUGCAUCCCCAUAUCUCCUCACCUGCAUCCCAUCUCCCCUCCCUGCAUCCCCAUCUCCCCUCCCUGCAUCCUCCCGAAACCCUUCCAAAGCCUGCUUCUCCUUACUUCUCCCCUGCUCCCUCCUGCCUCCCUUCAUUUCCCCCCCUGAUUCCCAUCAUUUCCCCUCCUCCCUUCUGUUACCGGGAGCGCAUGCAAGGGAAGGGAAGGGAGAAGGGAUCGGGAAGAGAAGGGUGGGGCAGGAGAAGGGAAGGGCAGGGAGUGGAGAUGUGAAGGCAGGGAGUGGAGAUGUGAAGGCAGGGAGUGGAGAUGUGAAGGCAGGGAGUGGAGAUGUGAAGGCAGGGAGUGGAGAUGUGAAGGCAGGGAGUGGAGAUGUGAAGGCAGGGAGUGGAAAUGUGAAGGCAGGGAGUGGAAAUGUGAAGGCAGGGAGUGGAGAUGUGACGGCAGGGAGUGGAGAUGUGAAGGCAGGGAGUGGAGAUGUGAAGGCAGGGAGUGGAAAUGUGAAGGCAGGGAGUGGAAAUGUGACGGCAGGGAGUGGAGAUGUGACGGCAGGGAGUGGAGAUGUGAAGGGCCCCUCAGGUGGAUUGCCUCGUCAGCGAGUGAUGAUUGGCCGUUGA